CUGUCGUCCCAAUAACCCGUCAGUUAUGCGAUUCGCUAUCAAUAGUCAGGGUCGGUGGCGUAUCGCAGAGUGCCGUGGUGGUACUCUCUUGUUUACUACGAAGAAUGAGUGAUGGAUUUUGGCGACUUAUCUGAAGACAAAGCCAUCCAAGCCAAACUGUGCAAUUUCCACUCAAGCGUUGAAAAAAUCGAAAUUUUUUUAGAAAUGUCCUCAAGUCCCGAUAUUUACGCCAAAUUAACCAUGAAAGAGACAGUCGAUUACGACUUAUUUAUGGCUUAUACAUUAAACACAUUAUUUUGGUUGUAUAUGAAGACAAGAGGUGAAGACCCCACAAAAAGUGAAAUAAAAAAUCAACUAAAUCGGGUCAAACAGUACAUGGUGAAGGCAAAAGAGGCCCAUGAGAGACAAGUCUUGAGACCUAGAAUCGACCGAGGGGCUGCGGGACGAUUCAUUAAGCAUGGAAUACAUUAUAAAGACAGUGGCUCCGAGGAGCCCCCCAACAAAAAAAUAAAGUUUUCUGAUGAUUGAUUUAGCGUUUUUUGUAAUUAAAUGAAUAAAUUUCAUAUUCCAACCAA